AUGUAUGCUGCUAUGGAAAUGACGCAAUACCAAAAGGUUGCUGGUACAAUAUCUGGAAAUCAACUUGAUUAUACCUCAGGAAAGUUGGAUAAGAGUCGCGAGCAGUGCCUUCUUGCGUGUUCAGGAGAGGACAACUGUGAGGCUGUUCGAUAUGGACGAAGCACAUCCGAAUGCCAGAUGUUGAGUGACGUCGUCCUUCAAUCAUCCGGAAGUGACGCUAACUGGUUGACAUAUCAGAAAGUUAAGGGUUGCCCCGAAGGGUGGGUCGCUUUUGACAAGUCGUGUUACUUCUUCUCAACUAAUUUUGCCAACUGGAACGAUGCCGAGGACCACUGUAUAAGCCUGGGUGGUCAUCUGGCGACUAUCCGCAACAUUGACGAACACCAAUUCAUCGUUGAGAACCGACCUAGGCCGGACCAGUUUCUCUUGAUUGGAGGGAAACGAUCUUCUACAGUUGCUGGCACUUUUGUUUGGGCCAACGGUGAACCAUGGGACUUUGACCAUUGGGCGCCAUUUGAACCAAGUAACGUGAUGGAAGAAUGUGUGAAUAUUUUUUAUUACAAAGCAGAUCCGAAUCAAUACGGGGAUACAUGGAAUGAUAUGAUCUGUUCGCAGCCUGACCCAUUUGUAUGUGAGAAACUCGCAUUCGCCAACCUCAGAUACGUAGAUUGA